AUGAUCGAGUGGUAUGCUCUCCAGAUCCAAUCUGACUUUCAGUCAACAUCUCACGUACAUGAGCAUCAUGCUGAACAGAUUCGCGUUUCACCUGCUCAACGCUACACCUUCCUUCUUGAGGCGAAGCGAACCGAUGGAGGAAAUUAUGCCUUCCUUACAUCUCUUGACAUUAACAAAGACUUCACUCAGCCUGGGUCUCGUUGGCCAUUGAAUGUCACUGGCUACAUCGAAUAUGACCAAACGAAAAUUUUGCCUGUCCCACUCGUUGUGGACGAUUGGGAUCCGUUGGAUGAUUUCAUCUUAGUGCCGUAUGACAAUCAGAAACUGCUUCCUGUCCCGGAUCAGCAAAUCACCUUAGACUUCCAUUUUGGUUCUGAUGACCUCGGCAUCCCUCGGGCAUACAUGAAUGACACUUACAUUUCUCAAAAGGUUCCUACUCUUUACAGUGUCUUGGCAGUUGGAAAAGACGCGGACAAUCCUGUUGUAUAUGGUCAAGUCAAUCCACUUGUCGUUCAAUACGGCCAGACAGUGGAGAUUGUAUUGAACAACCUAGAUGAUGCAAUUCACCCAUUCCAUCUUCAUGGUCACCAGUUUCAAGUAUGUGAUAGACCAGGCUCUGGAGCUGGAUCAUUUGGUGGAGACAAUAGAGCCUUCCCGUCGGUACCGAUGAGACGCGACACCGUUAGCGUUAACGGCAAUAGCUAUGUUAUCUUGAGAUUCACAGCCGACAACCCUGGAGUUUGGCUCUUCCACUGCCACAUCGAAUGGCACGUCAGCAUGGGUCUAGUUGCGACGGUCAUCGAAGCUCCUGCUAUGCUCCAGAGGGCCAUCACUAUCCCUCAGCAACACUUGGACAUCUGUAUUGCCCAAUGUGUGCCGACAGCGGGAAAUGCAGCAGGAAAUACUGUAAACCAUACUGAUUUGGCCGGCGCGAACACAGCUUCUCCGAACCCGGACAAUGGGUAA